AUGACACUGUACACGCAUGCUUUCAGUCACUUCUUGAUCAAGGCUGUCGACCUUCGUGAUGUUGUCUUCCACCCGUACUAUCGACCAUCAACGACCUUCCACAUCCAACGCAACAUGUCCAACACUGGCGCACCUGAUCUCGAACGCUCCCUCAUCACCCAUCAAACACCCUGGAGCGCCCAAAUUGCCAACUACAAACACUACGGCGUCGUCACCAUCAAUUCCGACCCCAUGCGUCUCCUGCAACAAGGCACGGAAGCCUACGCGGCGCUGGAGCAAGUCUGUAUCGCACAAGUCACAGAAACCAAACUUCUCGCCGCCGAGAACAAGGUGCUGAGCAACGCUGUGGCUCAGAUGCAGCUACUGCUACCGCCCUCGCCACCACCUCCCGUGACUGACAUUACCAAGUUGCCCAAGUACAAAGGUUCCUGUCAUAAGGAGCUUGAUGGGCAAUCCUCCCUCGCCGCCACACAAGACCAACUCGCCGCCCUCACCUCCAAACUCGCCCUCGCGGAGCAGGAAGCCCAAAACCUCCGCGAGUGGUACGACGAGCUUCAACGCGCCCAGAUCACGCAGAACGGGGGCUCGGGGUUCGGUCUCAAGGCGCAGGAGGGCAUAAGCAUGCCCAAGUACAAGGGCAGGUGUCCGCGCGAGAUGCCGGGCGUGGAGUGCAAGGAGAAGGGGUGCGAGGGGGUUUUCGAAGAGGGUUGUUGGGGCGUUGCCGCAUGA